ACUUCACAGAAAUGUUAUUGGACACCACUUGUACUAGGGGCAGCUUGGGUAACCCUGCUGUUACAUUUAAGAAAGCCCUGUGGGGGCUGAUGUUGAUCCUGUCUGUUGUUAUCUAUGGUUCUCAUGCUCCACUCCUGACUCUCAGUAAAGAGAAUGGCCAGAUCCCAUUCAGUGCCUCCUCUGUUGUUGUUUUGAUUGAGUUAGCAAAGCUGGUGUUCUCCUUAGUCUUCCUCCUGAUCUGGGACCGGAGACGACUAAAGAGCUCUGUGACGUGGCAUCAUGCAGCCCCCUUUGCUCUCUCAGCAUUGCUCUAUGCAGCCAACAACAACUUGGUGGUUCAUUUGCAGCUGUUCAUGGACCCAAGCACCUAUCAGGUACUGAGCAACUUGAAAAUUGUCAGCACUGCUCUCCUUUUCAGCAUGUUCUUGCAUCAAAGACUGUCUCUACGCAAGUGGCUGGCCCUCUUCCUACUGACUGCUGCUGGAGCUUUCUAUACAUAUGGAGGCCUGCAGGACCUGCGGCAUUUGCCUACCUCUGACAUGCAGCUGCACAUCACUCCCAUUGGCCUACUGCUCAUCUCUCUCUACUGCCUGAUCUCUGGUCUUUCUGCUGUCUAUACUGAAGUUAUUUUGAAGACCCAGGAUUUGCCUCUCAGCCUCCAAAAUUUGUUUCUUUACUUUUUUGGUGUUUUGCUGAAUUUGAUCAUCCACCUGUUGAGCAGCUCAGCAACUAGAUUCCUGGAGGGUUUCUCAUUUUGGGUGCUGUUAGUUAUUGUGAGCCAAGCCCUGAAUGGCUUGAUAAUGUCCGUAGUUAUGAAGCACAGUAAUAACAUCACUAGGCUUUUUGUGAUCUCCUCUUCUAUUAUGGUUAAUGCCCUACUUUCUGUUUUAUUAUUCAGCCUGCACCUCACUGCCUUUUUUUCGCUUUCUAUACUGCUGCUUGGCUUGGCUCUUUACUUGUAUUAUGGAGUCAAAUAACUUCUGUGCCUCUGUCUUAAGAGAAGGGACUGAAGUGAUAGCAACCCAUUGCCUAAUUUGUGCUGUCUGAAAAUUUGGGAGAGGGGUAUUCACAGGCUUCCCUUACACUUCCUCUCACUUUUUUGUGAAUGGCUUAAAGCAAGGUUAAGAAACCCUGGCUUAAAGGGAUCUCUUCAUAUUUUCUCCUUCAGAGCUGGGAGAGAGUACUUGUUGUUUGGCUGGGCUGUAGCUUUAAGCUAAGUAUUAUCCAAAUCUUUUCAUUAGCUAGACAGCAUAGUGUGAGGAAGCUGAAGAUUGGGCUCUUAUAUGAUAGCCUUCUACUUCCUCUGUAGCCAGUGGCAAGAUUAGGCAGAGUCUUCACAGGGGAGGAGUAAGUAGAGCUUCCUUGGUGGGUAGCAGUGGAAUCUUAGUCUCCCAGGCAACCACUGCUAUACAUGGAGGUCGGUGGGGGGAGGGGAGGGAGGAAGAUUUUUGCAUCUCUAGCCAUUUUUAACCACCAUCCAUAUGAAUGCAUUCAGAAGAGAUCACAUGAACAGAGUUAGCUGCUAUUCUUUCUCUGCAAUAAGAUUGUUUUGCUUCUGCUGCUAUUCUUUCAGAUGUUCUGGUCUUACCCAGUCAUUUGAUUGUCACAGAUGACAAAGUGCCUUUUGCAAAUAAUUUUCUUUUUGUGUGCUGUCUGUUCAUUGUGUCAGAUUGUGCAAAGCAAGAGAUGUAGAUCUCUCAAAAUCCUCCAACCUUUGUAAAAUUAUAUAUAUAUAAAAAGCCAGAAGUUUCCUGUUGCUUUGUCCUUGCUCCACUUUGGAAAGAUUUGCCAGUGGCUCACUUCCGCUCCCCACCCCGCCCCCACCCGCUUCAGUCUCUUAAUGUGUUGCCUUCCUUGAAUGUGCAACCACAUGACCCUGCCAUGUUAAAUAUAAAAGUCUGUUUUUCUAGUGAGGGUCUAAAAAUGUCUUCUCACCUGAAGGUGGCUACAGUACAAUGCUUCAAUGUGAAACAUGAGCAUGUCCUCAUUAUCCAGGCAACCUGGAUCCAUAUGAAGCUGCUACAUUGUUCCUUCAGCAUUUAAAGUGUUCCAUUUCUCCUCCUCCUAUCUUCUGCCUACAACAAAUACUGCAGUCUUGAUUACUCUAGUGCUACCAGCACAGGUGUUCAGAAAUGGUCUGUAUGCCUCUUGCUUGUGGGUGCUUUGCUGUACUUUAUAUGCAGCCUUCUGGCUAACAAACUUAAAACUGAAUAGUCUCACAGCCUCUCAUGCACUGUCCAUGCCAGUUUCUGGAUCAGAUGUCUGGUGAUGGGAAGCAACUCUGACUUGGGGCUGUGGCUGUUGGAUUCCUUGGUUGGCCAUUUAUCUUUGCCAUUCCUGUGUGAAGCCUCAUCUCUCUCUCUCUAGCUCAUGACAGUAAAGUUUUGAUAAAUAAUGAAAUUGUAUCUGGAUCUGUAUACAAUCAAGUUCAACAACCAUCAGUUCAGUGCACCCAAUGCCUAAUCCACGGCAAGAGAUUAAAGCUUUAGUUUCCAGGA